GGUGUCACGAGGCCCGAGGGACCGCCGCCCGCGGAGAGGGCCCUCCUUCCGCACCGCAGCCGGGCGCAUGACGGGGCGAAAGUGCAGGGCCUGCUGCGGGGAGGGUCGCGAGAUGCGAUGCCCUGCGGCUUGGGCAGGGGGCCCGGCGGCCCAAGCCCCACCCCGGGGGGUUAACCCCGCCUGGCCGGAAGGGGAAACCCCAGCGCUAUUGAUGGUGCGGGGGAGAGGGAUGCUCUGGGGGGAGUGGAAUCCGCCCGGGCCCAGGGCUCCAGCCCAGACGCCUCCUCUAAGGGAACCUCUGCCCAGCUGGAGGUCCGGGGGGGAUGGACGGCACCCCGAGGAGCUCGGAGGCCCCGCCUGGCCCGGAAGUUGCAGAGGAGUCAGGACAGUUCAACGAGGACAUGAUCCCCACUGUGGGCUUCAACAUGCGCAAGAUCACCAAGGGGAACGUGACCAUCAAGCUCUGGGACAUCGGGGGACAGCCCCGCUUCCGGAGCAUGUGGGAGCGCUACUGCCGCGGAGUGAGCGCCAUCGUGUACAUGGUGGAUGCCGCUGACCAAGAGAAGAUUGAGGCCUCCAAGAAUGAGCUCCACAACCUACUGGACAAGCCCCAGCUGCAGGGCAUCCCGGUGCUCGUCCUGGGGAACAAGCGAGACCUCCCCGGGGCGCUGGAUGAGAAGGAGCUGAUCGAGAAAAUGAACCUGUCUGCCAUCCAGGACCGAGAGAUCUGCUGCUAUUCCAUCUCCUGCAAAGAGAAGGACAACAUCGACAUCACUCUACAGUGGCUUAUCCAGCACUCAAAGUCGCGGAGGAGCUGAGACCGCGGCCGCGCCUCGGACCAGGGACCGCCUCCCAGCCUGAAGCCGAGCUCCCCCUCCCCCUGCGGCCCCCAAGCCCACCCUCCCUACUCCGUGCGGGGAGGGUCCUCCGGGGCCCCAGAGCCCCGUUCUGCUGAGGUUUGAACUCCUGAUUCGACUGUAAAUAAAUGGCUCCCGCCCGCUCCCUAACCUCCCCUCCCCGCUCCGCUUUCCGUCCCCGCCCCUCUCCGCUCCCCUUUCCUACACUCUGUUAUUGUCCUGUGUGUACAGUAUAUAUAUGUAUAUAUAUUUUAAUUUUUUAAUUUAAGCAAAGACUAAAAUCAACCAUUGGAUGCUGCAGGGCCCAGCCAGGAUCAGGGAGGGGGCGGUGGAGAAAGCAGGAGGGAGCCUCGGGGUCGGCUGGGGCCGGUCCGCCCGGAAGGGCACCAGCCUGGCAGAGGCGGCCGUCCCGAGCCUCGUCUGUCCCCGCAGUGUUUGGGUGUCACAGGCAGACGGGAGCCUUCAGGGACCCCCCUCUCGGCCCCAGCCGGGCGGAGGGCAGGGGCCGCCUCCCAGGUGCCCCCGCCGCCCGCCCUCCCCGCCGGGCCGGCCGGCUUCCAGCUCCUGCCCCUCCUCAGGCCCCUUCCUCCACGGGCCACCUCACUUUCUGUUCUCAUUUUGCAGAGUUGCACAAGGAGAGAACUCAGCAUGGGGGGUUGGUUCUUUGGAUUUUUGUUUUCUGUUGGUUUAUUUAAUUUAAUGAUUUGUAAAGUGAUGUCCCUCUUCCUUUUUUACACUUUUCUGCUCAUAUUUAACCUCUGUUUGAAAGAUGAUUCUUGUAACUGUACAUUUUUUUGCCUCCUAACAAGAAUAAACGACAAUUUUGUGUUG